AGCGAUACUAUCCUCUGCUCAUUGUAUGACUAGAUUCAGUUACUUACAAGUGUAAAUUUAAAUACUUUCAACUUCAGAUUUUCAUUCCAAGUGCAACUAGUAAAUAAUCAGCUUAGUUCAUUCAGGAGUCUCGUACACUUCAAAACACCAUCGAAUCACCAUGGGGAGAGAAUGGGGUGCUCCAAAUAAAAUCCUGGAAGAACACUUCCAAUCGUUUCUUGAAUUGUGUCGCUCCAGAAGACAAGAGAUAGAAACUGGAAAUAUCGUGAACGAAAGCUGGCGUAAAUUUUUUUCGGAAAAAGCGAAAACUCAGGCAACCAAAAGAUAUGUUUGUAAAUACGUGCAGUGGGUGAAGGAAUGGUGGGUGCGAGAACUUAUUUUGUGUGCUUGUGACUCGCCCACACAGCCACCCUACGUAUCUAAAAUUUGGGCCACAGAAACAACGUAUACGGUAUUCAAAGUUAGCUUAUUGAGAAAGCAAAAUGUGCCAAUACCACAGUCACUGCAGGCAGCCCUAAAAAAUGUUGGAGAUGAAAAAUUGAGAAUUUUCAGGAAUAGGGUAGAAGAAUUGAGUGAUUAUAUUGAUUAUUAUCGUUUAAUUGGGCAAUACGAUUUUCUCUCUCCUAGUACAGUGAAUGUGGAUGUAUCAGCAGGUUCUGCAGAUUUCUCUUUGAUAUCUAUUGUUAAGGACAAAGAGGAUUUAGAGUCAGACGAGGAAGAAGAGCAGCAUAAAAUGGGCCGCCUGGUGACCGUAGCCGUGUGCACGCUCAAUCAAUGGGCGAUGGACUUCGAGGGCAACUACAGGCGCAUACUGCAGAGCAUACAGAUCGCCAAAGAGGCCGGCGCGACGUUUCGCAGCGGCCCUGAACUUGAAAUAAGCGGCUACAGCUGCGAAGAUCACUUUUACGAAGCCGACACGCUGCAGCACUGCUGGGAGGUGCUGGCCUGCCUCAUGCGCUCGGCCGAGUGCGACGACGUGCUCAUAGACGUCGGCAUGCCGGUCAUGCACAAGAACGUCACCUACAAUUGUCGGGUGGCCUUCCUCAAUCGACGCAUCCUCCUCAUCAGGCCGAAAAUGAUCAUGGCCGAGGACAACAAUUAUCGCGAGUCCAGGUGGUUCUCGCCUUGGACCAAAGAAAGAUCGGUGGAGGACUACUUCCUGCCGCGCUCGAUCGUCCAGAUAACGAAUCAGAGCACGGUGCCGUUCGGCGACGCCGUCAUCUCCACCCGCGACACCUGCAUCGGAUUCGAGAUCUGCGAAGAGCUGUGGAAUCCUGCCAGCACUCACAUACCGAUGGCACUGGACGGCGUCGAAAUCAUAUCAAACGGCAGCGGCUCUCAGUUCGAGCUGCGCAAGGCCUACGUCACCGUGGACCUGGUGAAAUCGGCGAGCUUCAAGUCGGGCGGCUGCUACAUGUUCAGCAACGCGCGGGGCUGCGACGGCACCCGCAUCUACUUCAACGGCGGCUCGAUGAUCGCCCUCAACGGCCAGAUACUCAAUCAGGCGCGUCAGUUCAGCCUCAACGAGGUCGAGGUCAGCGUCGCCACCGUCGAUCUCGAGGACAUACGCAGCUAUCGCAACAGCAUCAGGUCGCGCUCGCAUCUCGCCGCUCGCUCGCAUCCCUAUCCCCGGGUCAGGGUGGACUUCGCGCUGUCGUCGGACAAUCCAUUCUCGGGCGUGCCCGACAGGCUCAUCAACGACGACAGUGUCGACGAGGACAAUCGAUUCAAGAUCGCCUGCCACACGCCCGAGGAGGAAAUCUCGAUGGCGCCGGCCUGCUGGCUCUGGGACUAUCUGAGGCGCUCGGGCCAGGGUGGCUUCUUCCUGCCGCUCAGCGGCGGCGUCGACUCGUCCUCGACGGCCUGCAUCGUCUACUCGAUGUGCUGCAUGAUCGUCGAGGCCGUGAAGCAGGGCGACGGCAAGGCCCUCGGCGACAUACGCAAGAUCGUUGGCGAUCCCGACUACGUGCCCACGGACGCGAAGCAGCUCUGCAACACGCUCCUCGUCACCUGCUACAUGGCCACGGAGAACUCGUCCUCGGCGACCAAAGCUCGCGCGGCCGAGUUGGCGGCGCAGCUCGGCUCGUAUCAUCACAGCAUCGUCAUCGACGCGGCGGUCAGCGCGAUACUGGCCAUAUUUCAGCAGGUGUCCAAGCUCACGCCCAAGUUCAAGGCUCACGGCGGCUCGCCGCGCGAGAAUUUAGCCCUGCAGAACGUUCAGGCCAGAAUACGGAUGGUGAUCGCCUACUUGUUCGCGCAAUUGAUGCUGUGGGUGAGAAACAGGCCGGGCGGUCUGCUGGUGCUCGGUAGCAGCAACGUCGACGAGGCUCUGAGAGGCUACUUCACCAAGUACGACUGCAGCAGUGCCGACAUCAAUCCGAUCGGUGGAAUCGCCAAGACCGAUUUGAAGAAGUUCCUCAAAUUUUUCCGGAGAAAAUAUAAUAUUCCGGCCAUCGAUCAGAUUCUCGAGGCGCCUCCGACCGCCGAGUUGGAGCCCCUCAAAGAGGGCCAAUUGGCGCAACUGGACGAAGUCGACAUGGGAAUGACGUACGUGGAGUUGGGCAUUUUCGGUAGACUCCGAAAGCAGAAUCGGGCGGGACCCUUUUCGAUGUUCUGCAAUCUCGUCAAUACUUGGGAUAAUAUAACUCCCAAAGAGGUCGCGGACAAAGUUAAACACUUUUAUCGCUGUUACGCGAUUAAUCGUCAUAAAAUGACAACUUUGACUCCGUCGGUUCAUAUGGAAACUUACAGUCCGGAUGAUAACAGAUUCGAUCACAGACCAUUCCUUUAUAAUCAUAUGUGGAAGUGGCAAUUCAAUGCCAUCGAUGACAAAGUUCAAAUGUUAAACGAAGAUUCGUCAUCGCGACCCAGAAAAAAGGCGCCGAUUGUACCUGUUAAACCCAGAAUUCUGCCUAUCGAAAGAGUUGUUGGUAAUAAAGCAUAUCCUGGAGUAACAGUCUAGUUGAAAUAAUUGUUGAAUAGAGGAUUUACCUGUUUGUGGAUAUUUUUGUUUAUCAAAAUGAUUAUUAGCAAUAUUUUGAUUCAAUAGUGUACAAACCGGAUAAUAUUUUAGAAUAAUUGUAAGUUCAAAGAGAUUUAUUUUUGAUCAAUGCUUUAAAAAUAUAUCGCUAUGUUACGGUAUUACUUAACAUAAAUUUCUAUAUAUGUUGACCCUGAAAUUUAUCCUGAAAAUUUGACUCCUAAAUAUUUUUUACUUGUAGUUCAUUGUUAAUAUUUUAAGAAAAAAUUUCCAAUUUAACGAGCAUUUUAGAUCAACGAUUCAUGAAAUGUAUUUUAUACUUCCAACUUUUAGUUGUAAUUUUAUGUCGUUAUUGAUUCUUUAUCAAUUUAUUAUACGAACAAUAGAAAGAAUGUAAAUCUUUUCUUUAAUUAAAUAAAUUUGUUUCAGUUCGAACAAAAA